AUGUUUGCAGCUACUGCCCUUAAGCUCCUCGCUGUUCCAAUCUUGGCGGCGACUCACGUCCUCGCAGCUCAGAAUAGUCUGCAGCAGGUAUUCAACUUCGGCACCAACCCAUCCAACAUCGCCUUGCAUGUCUACCGACCCACUGGACUUGUAGCGAACCCAGCAUUGAUUGUGGCGCUCCACCCGUGCGGCGGUAGUGGCCCAGGCUGGUUCUCGCAGACACGAUAUGCUGACCUCUCCGAUUCGCUAAAGACCUUCCUCGUCAUCUACCCUAGCUCGCCCCCCAAUAGCAAUGGGUGCUGGGAGGUGUACAGCAACGCGACGUUCACGCACAACGGCGGCUCGGAUUCGCUCGGUGUUGCGUCCGCCAUCAAGUACUCCCUGUCCACCUACUCUGCCGACCCUGCCCGCGUGUUCUUGACUGGGUUCUCGUCUGGCGCGAUGAUGACUAGCGUGAUGGCUGGUGCGUAUCCAGACCUCUUCGCCGCUGGCUCUGCGUUUUCGGGAGUUCCAUACGCGUGUUUCUCGGAGAGCACAAUGAUCAACAACCCUUGUGCGACCGGUAGAGUUUCGAAAACGCCCCAGGAAUGGGGAGAUCUCGUUCGAAGAGGAUAUCCCGGCUACACCGGUCCCCGCCCCAAAAUACAGCUUUGGCACGGAUUACAGGACGAAGUCGUAAACUAUAACAACCAGCUGGAGGGCAUCAAGCAGUGGACCAACGUAUUGGGGUACAGCACUACACCUAUCAGCACACAAACGAAUGACCCUCUCUCUGGAUGGACGCGAAGCAUCUAUGGUCCCAACUUCCAGGCCAUCAGCGCACCAGCGACCCACGGCAUCCCCAUCCAAGAGAACGAGGUUCUGAAAUGGUUCGGCCUGGUUGGCGGGUCUCCUGGAACAGGAACCACAACCACAACCAGACCCCCAUCGACCACCACCACGUACCCCCCGGAGCAACCCACUCAAGUGCAAUACGGCCAAUGCGGAGGGUAUGCAUCCAUGUUCGUUAUUAUUAUUUGA